ACAUGCUUGCACACAUUGUGCAUUGAAUCAGAAUGGCACACGGCUCGAACUGCACACUUCACCCGCCGCAGUUCGAUGGAGGGGCCGUUCGGCCUCGUGUCCUCGCGCUGUCUCCCCAAAUGGCAAUGGUCGGUCUUCUUCGUGAGCUACUUGUCGAGCGCGUCGUCGACCUGUGGAGCUUUUGCACACAAGGCUCGAUCGAAUGGAGCGACGGAGAUCGUCAGCGCGAGUCUCGUGGAUCGGAGCAAGCAGGAGAGCGCUGAGCCUCUGCAGCCUCUACAGGGCGGAGGGCAAGGGUGCGCUCAUCGUGCAUCGAACGCGGUCGAAUGUCGACGAGGGGUCAAUUUCUCCGUCGAAGACAGCCCCAAGCACGGCCGCAAAGGGCUUCUGCGACGACGCCGCAAAGGACCCGCUCACGGCAAGAAGCCGGACCCCCACCAUGACGACGACAGACGCCACGUCGAUAACGCGGUGGAUAACGCGGACGACCACGACCACGACGGGACGGCACCGGCGAGGUGCUUACCCAGUUUGAGGCACUACUGCGAGUCGCUGGUACGAUCCAAAGACUCGAGCCGACCUCGAGGCAAGCUGGACCUGAUGUCGUUCCGCGGGAAGUGGAGCGCGCCCGACGGCCCCGACGACGCCAAGGCCGGGCUGCGGAAGGACGCCCAUCAAAGAAGCCACGACGCCCAAGCCCAGGCGCACGAGAGAGACGGCAAGAAAGCCCAGUCUCGCAGUCGCAGUCGCAGUCCGGGGUCGCCUCACCGGAAGAACACGAAGCCGGCGACCCCGCCCCCUCUCGGGACUGCCGCGCUUAAGAGCUUGACCCCCGAAGGAGCCGGGAGUAGAUCCCGCUCUCGCUCUCCAGCCCGCUCCCGCUCCCGCAGCCCCCCCGCGGCCGCGAUGUGGGCAGAAGAGACCUGCUUCGACGGGAAAUGGAGCCGGCCCAGCCCCAGCCCUCCGAGCAGCCGGCGUCUGAGCCCGCCGGGGCCACGGAGCCGGCCGGACAGCCGCAGUCCCAGUCCCUCGAAGCCGAGAGCGGGCCACGGGCUGCCGAGCCUAAAGAAGCCGGCGAAAGACGCACCUCGACCACGGCACCAGCUUUCCACGCGGUCCUUUGCGAGGCGAUUCGAGAGCCCCCUCCGUAGUAGCACCAGAAAGAGCCCACCGCCGGCGCCGCUACCGAGUUGCGACGAAUCGCGGCCGAGUGCUGUUCGACGUUGUAGCGACGGUAGUGCUAGCGUCCCCGCGAUCAGCAAGAGGUCGGGAGUUUCCGCCCGGCCUUCCGACAGGCCCGUCUUUCGAUCGUCGACUCGAGAUCCGAUUAGGCCCCGACGGCGACCGGGUCCCUUCAAGGCUCAGGCUCAGGCCCAGGCCCGAAGCUUAGGCUCGCCGAGUCGGGCCCAAACUAAACCUUCCAACGAAGUGAGUAUAUCUCUGGGUGGGGCACUGGCGGUGCAGAUGGCUAGUUCCCCCAACUACCUGGUUAGCACUCCGGUUACCGCCCACAUCAGGCUGGCGGACACGAUCGGAGCUGCCCAGACCAAGAAGCCGAUCGCCAGCGACGUCGCGGAGGUCGCAAGCCCCCAGAGUGCCGCCCCGGGCAGGCCUACGGCGCCUGCGACGUCCCACAUUAAGCUCGUCGAUCCCACAGGGACUGACCGGCCAGCCCCGGAAGCUGAACAGCCUCAGCCUGAGCUUGAGCCCAAGCCCUCAGCUGAACAGCCUGAGCCCCAGCCUGAGCUUGAGUCCAAGCCCUCAGCUGAACCGCCUGAGCCUCAGCCUGAGCCUGAGCCGAAGCCGAAGCCGAAGCCCUCAGCUGGGGUUGCCAGCCUCGAGCCCCAGCGCAAGCCCAAGCUCAAGCCGAAGCCCUCAGCUGCGGUUGCCAGCCUCGAGCCCCCGACGUCUCUGCGGGCUUUGACAGCUCCAGAGGACGCUGCGCGAGGAGAAGAUCCGGCCGGAGGGAUGUCGUCAGCCCCUGCUGACGCGGUUGGGGCAGACCGAGGGGUAGACCGAGGGGUAGACGUACCCGAGAGUCCUCCGGACACGGGAAGCAAGCAGCGAGUCGAUACGAUGGCCAGCGACGUCCUGCGGCUGUUGAAGCAGCAGCCUCAGCCUCGAGGACCGGUCCGCAGGAGGGCUUACGAGGUUGCCAUCCCUGCAGGCGUUUGGAAGCUGAAUUUCAUCCCCAAUCCACCAUCGCCCGAUGCAGCCGCCUUGUCCUCCAGAGCCUCUUCCAUGUCUUCUGCCAGCAGUCGGCGCUACAGUCGCGGUUGUUUCUAGUGUUUGAAGCCACCCACUGGUUGCUGUCAUUGCUGUCUCACACCCCAUGCAACGUCCAAUCAUGGUUUCUUCGGCACAUCCAUCUUCCACAGGCCAAUGCCAUCGGACCCGUUUCUGUCGUCCAACAUGGGGAAUCCUGAAAAAUUGUCUUUCCAGGCGGAGCUUUGGGGCCUGGUGGAUUGAUCAAGGUCACAUAAAUUCGAUCACCUCUCCGUUCAGAUUUAAAACCUUAGCAGGCACGAGAACAACGUUGUAUGGAAAUCACCUGAAUUUGUCAGUUUGCUCAUGAUCGAGGAGUUCACUUUCGGCACGUUUUGGAUGAAAAAUUGGUAAUUAACGAAAGGGAGGAUUGGCAUUCAUCUUCCAAUUCGGAGAAAGCUGCUACGUCCAAAUUUGACAAAAUCAAUUCAUUUCCAUUUCACGUGCUUACUAACACGACCUUGUGUCAAAGACAAUGGAAGAGUGUAAAAUAACAAAGAGUGUCGGAAGACCCAUUAAUCCAGACGACAUGGUUACCAUCGUUUUUCCAGAC